GUACUUUAGUGCAGCUUCAAAAAACAAAGGGACCUCUAGGGUCUGCCCAUUUAUCGUGGGAUCAACAUUAUUUUCUGCUAGGAUGACAGGGGUGAGUGAGGUAUUAUACCGAAAGAUACAUUUUUUUCUUCCGCAUUCUGAGAUUGGUGUAGGAUCGUGAAUAUUACAGGAAUUGAAUGAUAAAAACGUGUCAUGAGUUUCAAAGGAGACAGGAGAAUAAAUUAAAAGCGGAGUAAUUGAAAUUGCAUUCAGAUUAACGGGAGAUAACUUGACAUAGGUGAGUAAUUUCAAGUCUUGUUCCACCAGUGACACUUUCCGGUUUCUUCGUGUUUCGUUUCAAUUUUCCGUGUCAGUUUUUACAUUUCCUUUGUGAAACAGUUCCAUACAGAGAUUAUUUAAUGUAGACGAAGAUUUAGAAGAAAUGGGAAACAGAAAUUAGUAAUUUACGGCGAAAUGCAAAAUAUCAGACAACUGUGACAUGAAAGAAUUGCUUACGUCAGAUUCAUCAUCAACAUUAAUUAUCUCUUAAAGACUAAAGAAAAACGUUACAUGCAACAAAUAUAUAACUCAAUGGUAAACUACAGUGAAAUAUUUCUUCUGAAUGGAGAUUAAUGGCAACAUUUCUCUCCUGUACAGUCUGUAAUAUGUACAAGAUGGAUGAAGUUUCAAAUAUGUUUGUGGCAUCUUCAGAUAUUGGUGAAAACAGAGUUGAUGGGAAAACAGCUGUAAAAAAUUUUAAAGAAAUCAACGAUAAAAAGUGAAAUAAGAAAAUAAACAUUGUUCUGAGAAGAGAAAACUAUUGAAACGACGGAUACUGUUAAAGACUUAAAGGAUUGAUUUAUUAUUUUGUUGAAGAGAUGCAGAAAGUGACCGAAAAAUCCUACCAUUGUGAUAUCUGCCAAAAAUCAUUUUGCCUGAAAGGUAACCUCAUUAAACACAAAUGUGUUAGUAGAGGUGAGAAACCAUAUCGUUGUGAUAUUUGUGGUAAAUCUUUCCCUAUAAAUAGUCACUUGGCUAUACACAAACGCAUUCACACAGGGGAGAGGCCAUAUCACUGUGAUAUCUGUGGUAAAUCUUUCUCUCUAAGUGGUAAUUUAACUGUACACAAACGUAUACAUACAGGAGAGAAACCACAUCCCUGUGAUAUUUGUGGUAAAUCAUUCUCUGAUUCUAGUCACUUAAAUACACACAAACUCAUUCAUACUGGAGAGAAGCCAUAUCAUUGCGAUGUUUGUGAUAAAUCAUUCUCUAAAAAUGGAGAUUUAACUAAACACAUACGUAUUCAUACAGGAGAGAAGCCAUAUCACUGUGAUAUCUGUGAUAAAUCAUUCUCUCAAAGUAGUGAUUUAACCAGACACAAACGUAUUCAUUCAGGUGACAGACCAUAUCACUGUGACGUUUGUGGUAAAUCAUUCUCUGUAAGUUGUCAUUUAACUAUACACAAACGCGUUCAUACUGGGGAGAAGCCAUAUGACUGUGGUAUCUGCGGUAAAUCAUUCUCUGAAGCUAGUCACAUAGCUAAACACAAACGUAUUCAUUUAGAGGACAAACCAUAUCGGUGUGAUAUCUGUAAUAAAGCAUUUUCUGAAACUAGUGAUUUAACUAAACACAAACGCAUUCACACAGGAGAAAAACCAUUUAACUGUGAUGUUUGUGGUAAAUCAUUCUCUCAGAUUAAUACUUUACAGACUCACAAACAUAUUCAUUCAGGAGAAAAACCUUAUCACUGUGAUACCUGUGGUAAAUCAUUCUCUCAAAAAAAUACUUUAGGCGCUCACAAACGCAUUCACACAGGAGAAAAACCAUACAACUGUGAUAUCUGUAGUAAAUCAUUCUCUCAGAUCAAUACCUUACGCACUCACAAACAUAUUCAUUCAGGAGAAAAACCUUAUAGCUGUGAUAUUUGCAGUAGAUCAUUCUCUUAUAAAAGCCAGUUAGCUUCACAUGUAGCUAUUCAUUUAGGACUAUGACUGACAGUGUUCAAAUUCAUUACUUAACACAACAAACUUUCUAAGACCAUUCCCCCCAACACACACACACACACACUAAAACAAUGUUUACUCUGAAUCUUACCUAUUCAGUAAUCUCAUUUUGAUCCCUUUUUUGAAAUAAUAUCUUAAAGCUGGAUCCCUUCCCUGUUGCCAGUCUUGUAAGCACCAUUUACACUACUUACACAAGGUAUACUAUCUUGUAAAGCCAUGAUACAAUUUGUCAAAGUUCUUUCUCUGAAAAGUUAUACAAUCAUCAAUGUAUUCCACAAAGAAGGAAAAUAUGUGUGGUACCUACCUCUGAACAUUAUCGGGCCAUGAGUCAGAAAAUAAUGUAAUGUUUAUAUGCAUUACUUUUUGAUCUACCUUUGUAUAUAUGUUGUUGAGUCAAAAACUAAUUCAAAUUAAAGUACUGUAUCUGCAUUGGUGUAAUAACUUAUCUCUGUAAUAUUUCUAAUAAAAGUAAUUUAUUCAUUA